CCGCGCUGCUUGUAUAUACAAAAGUAGGUAUAACUUUAGCUAAAUCGUAGAAAGAUUACAAUUUCUUAUUUUUAUUGAAUUUCCAAAAUUCUCUUACAGGCCGUACUAUAGAAUCGAAGCCUUUCUUUUCGAACCACCGUUUUACACAAAUGUCAAGAAUGCCGGAGACUAGGAGAUCUCCAUUACUCUCUUUAUUACGAACGCUUACUUUGGGAAUAGUAUUUGCUUUAUUUAUUAGAUAUGCAUUCACAAAAUCGGAUAUAAAUAAAGUAAAAUUCUUCAAACUAUCAGGUACGAAUAAUUUUUUCGACAAUGAACAUCCAAAUAAAACGAUAAAGGAUUUUCCCGUGAAAGUUUUUGCAAUUGGUGAUAUUCAUGGAGAUUUCCAUAACGCUCUCGAUAUCCUUUCUGCUGCUGGAGUGGUGUCUCCAGUGGAUCCGUUCGAAUGGACUGCAGGUAAUGCGACGUUAGUCCAAACUGGAGACAUUGUCGAUCGUGGUCCAGAUACCAGGUUCCUUUUCAAAUGGUUUGACAAACUAAGCACUCAGGCAGAACAACAAGGAGGACGGGUCAUUCGCUUACUAGGAAAUCACGAAUUUAUGAAUGCUAAAGGCGAUUGGCGCUAUGUUCACUACGGAGAUCUUGUCUCAUAUCCUGAACCUUACAUAGAAAACCGUAAAUACGACUGGGGACCUGAAGGGGCAAUUGGUGAUUUACUCAUAACUAAAUACAAUGUUACAUUCAAAGAUGAAAUUAGUAGAUCUCAUUUUAUGCAUGCAGGACUUUCUCCAGAAUGGAGUAUGCAAGAGGAUUUUGUUAAUUCAAUGGGGCAUGACGUUUUGGAAAUGUUUAUGAAGGGUGAAGAAUUAUCUGACGAAUUAAAGGAAUUUUGGGGAAUAAAGGGCCCUAUGUGGUAUAGAGGAUAUGCUCAACUUCCUACGGAAAUCGCUUGCGAAGUGGCAUACAACGUCACGAAGACUCUUAACGUUGAUCGUUUGGUUAUGGGUCAUACACCUCAAUUUUCAGGUAUUCGAAGUCGCUGUAAUGGCCAAAUCGUUUUGAUCGACACAGGAUUAUCUAGUGCAUAUUCAGGAGAACGUGCAGUAUUGAGAAUCCUUAAGAACGAACGCAUGAGUAUCGUAGAAGCUGUCUACAGAGACCGUGUUGUCAGAUUGUAGCCUCUCUCAGCUUCUCCUAAGGAUCAAUGACUAAAUUGAGAUAUUUCCCAACAGAAGAGGUUUUUAUAAUUCUAAUUUACUUUAACUCAACCCUUCUUCUUUUUUAGAAAAAUUUGAGUACCUUGUAUUUGUCCCUUAAUUAUAAUAUCAUAUUUUCUUCACUUCUUUAUUGGGAAAACCUUCUACAGUAUGUAGUCACUGUUGGCCUAUUAAUUUCCUCAAUUGAAAUAAUUAUUUUCUCUACCUACGCAACGUUUCAGGUAAAAUUGAAUAAACUCACUUCCUACCAUUUUCAUUUUACAUUGUUUCGUCUAACAUAUAAUUUAUUUAUGUUACUUAAGAGUCGA